ACCGCCAUGCAUCUAACGCAGGAUUUAGAACUUUUCCCCGAACACAGCGUGACACAGAUGCUUUUCAAAGAGGUUAAAAAUACGACCGAACUGAGGAAAAGCGCCGUAGAAGGACAAUUAAACGCUGCAUUAAUCAACCCAACAACGCUUGUAAAUCCUUUCCAAGUCUUGGUAGCCACCAAUAAAGCUGUUCACUUGCAGAAAAUGGGAAAGAUGAAAACAAGAAGUUUGUACUCUGAAAUCAUUUUCAACUUGUCACCAACUAAUAAUAUCUCUGAAGCCUUUAAGAGGUUUGGAAUCUCAGAUGGAGACAAUGCUGUGCUGGUGGUGCUGGUCCACAACAAAGAAGAGUCCCAGCUUCUGUCAGACAUCAGAGCCAAGGUGAACGGGCAGCAGGUUCCAGUCGAAGAUGUUUCGUCAUUGUCAGACCUGGCAAAGAUCAAAAAGCUGUACAAAGUCACUCCCCAGGAGGAGAAAUGUGGGACGCUACUGGAUGGCAUCAUAACCAGAAUGGCCAUCAAAGACGUCAUGUAGCUGUAAGAAGAAAAAAUGGACACAUUUCUCACAGACACUGUUUAAUUUUUUUUAUCAUGACAUGUAAAAAUUAAAGAAAAGAAAAAAUGU